CUAAACCAGAUCACGCAUUUAAUUUACACAGCAUGUGUCAAAGACUCCUCAGGUCGGUACAGCCCACAGCAGAACACAUUCUUGUGUCGUUUUUGAGCAGACGCUCUCGAAAUGUGGAAGUUUAGUGGCUCUUUUACUUUGACGGUUCUCCUCUACUUUGUGAAUCCCUCACACACAGGAGCUGCAUUUGUGAACAGAGCUGUCAAAUAAUGUCAUUAUAUGUCCCUUGUGUUUAGCAUCGGCUAACUCAUUAAAACAAACAUUUUUUGAAAAGUGAACAUCAGCAUGGUGAGCUUUAAUGUUAAGGCCACGUUUGAGAAGACAUGUAUCUGGAGUCUCCCAUCUGUUCAAAAGUAAUCUCCAAACGUUCUGGCUUCACUUUAAGGGAACUGUCUGUGUCGUCCAUCUUUUUAUAAAGUCUAUGUGCUGUGCUUCUACAUGUUUAAAUUUGGGUUUGAGGAAAUACCAUCAAUGCCUUAAUGUUAUUUUAGUGUGAGUGAAAAGCCCCUGUAACUGUAUCCCUUCAUACAUGAGGCCAGGAGUUAUUUUCACGUCAGUGGUCAGUGCUGUCCACAGGCGUGUGUUUCUCACUCCCGGGUCACGUUAUCUGCAUCUUAAAUGUCAGACCUGUCAUUGCAUUUGAAGUUUGCAUCAGUGUAGAGAGAAUAUGGCUGCAGACGAGUGAAACUGUCCACGUCAGUGUGUUCAGGGAGCUUUUACAGGCUGUGUCAUGACUCCGGCUGAGAGGCUGAAGGCGCUCCUCUUCUUGGCGUUGUUCUUCGGCGCGGCGGGGUUUCUGUUCACGCUGCUCUCCUGUGGGACCGAGUACUGGCUGCUGGCGGCAGAGACAUGCAACACCAAUAAGGGAAGCUUCGGAGGAAGUGGUCUUAAAAAGGGGAAGAGCAGCAGUGAGGCUUUAGGCGGAGUGAGGAUCUUCCACGAGGGUCUGUUCUGGCGCUGCUCCUUCAUGGCUGAAUCCGAGGACUUUUCAACGUGGGACCUCUGGAUCUCCAAUCAGCCGUCGUCCAGGCUCUGCAAGGCUGCUUUCCUCUUCCCAUUUCCUGUUCAUGAACCAUCGGGGGCGGAGCCAACGGAGCCGUUCGAACACCCCUCUGCUAUUGUUUUCAGGACGUUCUGGAGCAUCUUCCUGGUUGCAGGCUCCGUGUCGGUGUUUAUUGGUGGAUUUGCAGUCAUCUGUGCGGGACCACUGGCCAAUCACAAGCUCUAUAAAAUGGGCGGGGCUUUACAGCUGAGCGGCGGUGUGUGUCUGCUGGCCGUGGUGGUCAUGUACCUGAUGUGGGUCCAGGUUUUGGACACUCUGGAGCAGUUUGUCCUCCAUCAGAGACUCUCCUCCUGUCCCUCCUUCCACCUCAGCAUCCAGCUCGGCCCUUCUUUCCUCCUCGCUCCUGUGGCCGUCUUCUCCUGCCUGCUGGCCGGUCUGCUCUCACUCCUCAUUGGUCGGAUGAUUCAGGAGGUACGGAGAGAGAAAAACCAGAACGUUCCAGAAGCUCCAGAAGCUGAUGUUUGACUGUUUAAAGAUAUAAACCCUCUAAAUAAUUAGCCUGU